AUGUUCUCUCCUUGGAUCCUCACCGUCUUCACAUGUCUGUUCGCCAUCGCAGCGGCAGUCACACCACCCACCUACAGCGGCUACACGCGCGUCUGGCAGCAAGGCUUCGAAGGCCAAGCCAACACAUUCCCCAGUACAAGCACAUGGAACAUCAUCGAGCGCGUAAAGAACUACAACAACGAAGUCGAAGCCUACGUCAAGAGCACAAGUGUUCUUCGACAAACUGGCAAGAAUACACUGCAGCUGAUUCCCCGGUUCUCAAGCAAGACGAAGAAAUGGACUUCUGCUCGAAUUGAGAGCACGUAUACCCUCACGCCCAAGCUUGGAAAAAUCACUAGAGUUGAGGCGAGUCUGCGGCUGGGGGGUAACUCGGCGAGGAGUAAGCAGGGAAUCUGGCCGGCUUUUUGGCUCCUUGGUGAUGCGAUCCGGAAUGGUGUUGAGUGGCCUGCUUGCGGAGAGGUUGAUAUCAUGGAAAAUGUCAACGGGCAGAAGAUUGGGUACGGUGCUGUUCACUGUGACAAAGCACCGGGCGGAAUCUGCAAUGAGCCUAAUGGUAUAGCGUCGAAUGUUCAGCUUCCUGAUAGCAAGUAUCACGUCUGGCGGGUCCAGUUUGAUCGACGAAGCAGCAAUCUGAGAUCUCAGUCUAUUACCUGGUAUCGCGAUGGAACGGUCUUUCAUCGUGUUACGGGCGCUCAGAUUGGCAAUGCAACGGUUUGGAAGACUCUUUGCCAUAGUCCUAUGUUUGUCAUCUUCAACGUUGCCGUUGGUGGAGAUUGGCCUGGCGUUCCUAACUCUAGCACCAAGGAUGGAAUUGGAAGCCAUAUGGAAGUCGAAUAUGUCGCUCAUUAUGUUUCAAACUAG